AUGUCGCCAGGCAUUACGGCUCAGGGAGCUAGGAGAGGGUGGAAGCGGGCAUUUCGCCUUGCAGCCAUAGGGCACGGCAGUGACAGGGUCACCUUGGACCAACAACAGGACUUGCCAGUCCAAUCGGAAGCAGCAGUACGGAACCUUUGCAGGAUCCUUUUUGCGCAGGCCAAAACAAGAGACUGUUUCGCUGUGGGACUAUCAGGUGUGGAGUGGGUGAGGAAGAAUGACCACCUGAGACCAACCGUCAUGACUGCCAUGGACCGGAUUCAAAGGAAUGCCAGUCCGAGAUCCGAAGUGAGUUUGGAAGCUCCGAGACAAAUACCAGCCAACACCACCGAGUUGGCCAGCCUCGAGCACCUGACCUUGGAAGAUCUGAAUCAAGAAGUAGUGACGUUCGGACAGAAGUAUGUGGGGUGUCAUUUCCAAGACACGUGGCAGGAUCAGGAGUGGAUCCAAUUCAUGGUGAGCAGGUAUCAGAGAAGCACGAAGGAGAGUCAUCGCCGCUACUUGCGGUACGUGGAGUUGAAGGUCGAGACCAUGGAGCAACAGCAGAGUGCCAUCCCUCCACGGUCCAACCCACAGGCCAUCGUGCGGGGACAGGCCAAAGCAAAGGCCAAAGCCAGCCCAGUGGCUCCUCAUCACACCUCUUUGCCAGAUGGGGAGGCCGAUUGGGAUAUCGAACCAGAGACAUAUGCCUCUCUGACUAUGACCGGCCCGAACAUCUACACCCAGGAGGACAUGAGGGCCAUCCAAGAUCGCAUGCUGCACAUGGAGAAUGCACUGUCCAGGGUGAUUCGACACAUCGAGGACCAGGCAUUGAUGCAGCAGCUGAAUCAUGCGGAGGUCAAACAGCCACCUCAGUUUGCCAGAUCCGAGUUGCUCAGUCCGACACCACAUCGCGGACCCGGUGACAAGAGGAAAGCCCUAAUUUUGAGAAGAGAUGGGAGCAUCCAAUACGAAAAGAACUGGGAAAGAUGGAUUCAUUUGUCAAAACGACAGCUGACUCGUCCUGCUCAUGCCAGUCGACUGAACAUCACUGCAUUUGCUAAGGACCGGGACCAGUCCCAGACAUGCCAAAACAGAGACAAUUCGAUGGAAUCCAAUGCACAGGAGAAUGUCGAUCCAGGCCCUGAGGCCUCUGAAGAAGAUGUUCCGGAGUCCACCAGAGACUUUGUUCCGAGCACAGCCAGUGAUCCGGAAAAGAAGCCCAGCUUGAAUCGCAUCGAGCCAUCCCAAGACGGGGAUUACAAACGGGUUGAUGAAGUGAUCCACCGAGAAGGAAAACAUGAUCAGGAAGUCAUCCCUGACACCAUCAUGCAGCAACAGCAUUUCCUGAAGAAGGAUCACCAGAAGGACGCUGACGAACCCAAUAUGCUGACAAUGGAGAAUUCCGAGAAUAUCAUCCGAAUCACAUGCCAAGAACCAGAAAAUGCCCUCACAUGUGAAGUGAUGGAACCGGUAGCAUGGCGAUGUGAGUUUGAUUUUGACCUUGGAAUCAAUGAACCAGAGCCAAAGCCAGCAUGUCGCCAGGCAUUACGGCUCAGGGAGCUAG